AGCUUACUGGUUACCCUCCAUCAGACAAACAUAUAUAUUCGAUCUUUCUCCGGUCAAGUUCUAGCACAACAAAACACAAGCCAAAACACCAUUUAACCACCUCCAAGCUUCGCAUUCCAAGAGACCGAGCGACUGUUCAGCCAGAGAUUAAUCAGAGAAUGGCUGGAGAAGGAGAUGAUCAACUGAAGCUUCUCGGAUUGUGGGUGAGCCCAUACACUCACCGAGUGAAGCUUGCACUCAGCUUCAAGGGCCUGAGCUACGAGUACGUCGAGGAGGACCUCAGCAACAAGAGCGAGCUGCUUCUCAGCACCAACCCGGUGCACAAGAAGGUGCCCGUGCUCAUCCACAACGGCAAGCCCAUCUGCGAGUCGCAGGUCAUCGUGCAGUACCUCGACGAGGAGUUCCCCAACUCCGGCGUCUCGCUCCUCCCAUCUGACUCCUACGAUCGCGCCAUUGCUCGUUUCUGGGCUGCCUACAUCAACGACAAGCUGAUGCCGUCGUGGCUGCAGUCGUCGAUGGGCAAGACGGAGGAGGAGAGGGCGGAGGCGCUGAAGCAGACGUUGGAGGCGGUGGCGAACCUGGAGACGGCGUUCAAGGAGUGUUCCAAGGGGAAGCCCUUCUUCGGCGGCGACACCGUCGGGUACCUGGACGUGUCGCUCGGCGCCAUGAUCGGAUGGAUGCGCGCCGGCGAGGCUCUGCACGGGAGGAGGACCUUCGAUGCCACUAGAAGCCCUCUCCUGAACGCGUGGAUGGAGCGCUUCGCCGCGCUGGACGCCGCCAAGGCCGCCAUGCCGGACAACAACAAGCUGGUCGAGUUCGUCAGGGUGAGGCGGGCUGCCGCUGCGAACAACUGAAGCCGAAACAAUACUGUAUUGGUCAGUUCCCAGUUGGUACGAGAUUUGCUCUGCUCCAACAAAGAGUAUCUUAAGGUAUUGAUACCUCACGGUACCAAAUCGUUUCUAACCGUUGAAUCUAACAAUGUCCAUCGAUGGGAAACGAUUUAGUACUGUAAGGUACCGGUACCUCAAUUACUUUUUGCUGAACCGAAACAAAUCUCAUCGUCACUGCUUUGGGCCUUUGGCCAAUUGUCAUUUUUCAAGUUGCAAAAGUGUGAUGUUCUUCCGGGUCAUCCGUUCGAUCGGAUCUCCUUGUUACCGGGACAUCAUUUCUUCCAAUAAAGGAAAAUGUUGAAUUUUGGUAUUUAAAUUGUUUAGUAGUAUGUGAUAUAAAAACUGAAUUUUCUAUUUCAA